AUGUUCCACAUUGAGGGCCUAGGGCCCAAGCUGGACCCGGAGGAGCUGAAGCGGAAGAUGUGUGAGGACGUCCUCUCCUCCAUGCGCACCUUCCUCACCUACGUGGUCUCGCUGCGCAUCACUCCAUUCAUUUUAAAGAAGCUGGGAAGCAUAUGAAAACAAAAGAACAUCAAGGACGGGCUGAAUGGAAGACCCAGGCGGACAGUGGUUGCUCUCCCAUUGAAGGGGCUGCCAAGAAGAAGCUCUGAAUCCUGACAAAUACAUCCGGACAUUUCCUACUGAAAUAUUUGGGAAGAUUGUAGAAGAGCCGAAGAGAGAAAGCCAAUACCAGUUAUUUACAUGUGUCAGUAUGCGGUUUCUUUAUGUUUGGUACAAAUUUAUUGUUCUUCAGAGAUUAUAUCAACCGAUUUGGGGAAAUUG